GUGACUCGUGAGAAGUUUCGAUGCGAUAAGCCCUUUUCUUUGCCAACCAAAAAAACGACCCGUGCGUCAACCGAUACUGCUUUCCAAAUGCGGAGUACGGAGUUUAUUUUGGUAACUGUUGUGUUGGGCUUCAAUAGCUCACACUAAUUUUCACUUUUUCAGUCUCUCCCUUCAUCUUCUUCCUCUAGUUCCUCAACAAUCACAAAAUAGUAAAUUACUAAUACAACCAAAGUUUUACAAUUCAAUUCGAGGAUUAAAUUUUCAAGAACUCCAGAUUCUCUAGUUUGUUCAUUCGUUCGUUUGUACUUAGGUAAAUCAAUCUCUGGGUUUUCUCAAUUUCUGUGAUUGUUUAAUUCAUUCGAAUUCAAAUUUGCUUGAAUAUGCCUCUAAUUAGACUGCCAAAUUUAUUGUUGAAAACCCUAGUUAGAAAUUGUUUGAAUGAAAGAGUUGCAAAACAUGUGAUUGCAUUAGUACCUUUGCAUUUGCAGAAUGAUAGUUAUGUUAAGGGUUACGAUUAUGCAAAUUAUUCGACAUCUUCGGAUUCCGAAACUAGGGAAUUUGAUAGCCUGGCAGAAGGAUUGUCUAAGCAGAUUCAAUUAGUUGUUAAUAAGGUUCGUGUUGGUAGUAGUGAGGAGGAGAUUUUGAGUUCAUUGUUAAAUGAUCAAGUUUGUGAGGGAAUUAGUGUUAGUCAUGCCCUUGUUGAUACGUUGCUUCAUCGGUUUAAAGAUGAUUGGAAAUCGGCCUAUGCUGUUUUUAGAUGGGCUGAUUCGCGGUCUUGUUUUGAGCAUUUGCCUGGAGCAUAUGAUUUAAUGGUAGACAUACUAGGAAAGGCAAGGCAGUUUAAUAAGAUGAGUGAGUUGAAGGGUGAAAUGCUUGAGAGAAAAUUAAUCACUCUUAGAACUAUGGCUAAAAUAAUGAGAAGGUUUGCUGGUUCUCGUAGAUGGAACGAUGCUGUGAGGACUUUUGAUGAAUUGCCUACUUAUGGUUUAGAGAAGAAUGCCGAGUCCAUGAAUUUGUUGAUUGAUACUCUUUGCAAAGAGAGUCAAGUACAGAUGGCUCGGACCGUUUAUUUGGACCUUAAAGCUCAUAUUCCUCCUACGGUGCACACCUUUAAUAUAUUUGUACAUGGUUGGUGCAAAAUUAAGCGGGUUGAAGAAGCGUAUUGGACGCUUCAAGAGAUGAAAGGCCAUGGUUUCACUCCUUGUGUCAUAAGCUAUUCAAUUAUCAUUCAAUCAUACUGCCGACUUUCUAAUUGGAAUAAGGCGUAUGAGUUACUUGAGAUGAUGGAAUCUCAGGGCUGCCAACCUAGUGUUGUUACUUACACAACUAUGAUGUCUUUGUUGUCAAAGGCUGAUAAACUUGAAGAUGCUCUGCGAAUAGCUAACCAAGCAAAAGCAGCUGGAUGUGAAUUUGACAUUCAAUUUUAUAAUGCAUUGAUUCAUACCCUUGGGAAAGCUCAUUGCAUAACGGAAGCCUUUGAUAUCUUUAAAGUAGAGAUGCCAAUGAAUGGUGUUUAUCCUAACACGUGUACCUACAAUACAUUAAUUGGUAUGUUUUGUCGGUAUGGCCAAGAAGAGAUGGCUUUCAAUGUUUUGGAAGACAUGGAAAAGGCAGCACUUUGUAAGCCGGACCUUCAGACAUUCUAUCCAUUGCUUAAAUUGUGCUUCAGAUUGAGGAUGUCGGAUAAUUGUUUGAGCAGACUACUGGAUGAUAUGACUGUCAAGCAUCAGCUUAGUCUUGAUGAUUCAACAUAUUCACUUUUGAUUCAUGGUCUUUGUAGAGUGGACAGAUGUGAGUGGGCUUUCCAAUUAUUUGAGGAGAUGAUUUGUAAGGAGCUGGUACCAAGGUAUCAAACAUACCGUCGGCUUCUAGAUGAAGUUAGACAAAUGAACAUGUAUGAUGUUGCUGAAAGAGUUGAGCUUCACUUUGAUAAAUUUAAGGCUUCUUUUAGGCAGAGUUUUCCAGGUUCUGGAGGAAGCAAUGUAUCUAUUUGAAAAUAAUAGCUGCCAGGAGUCCCUGGACACUGAUGCCCACCAUGUAGUACAAGGCUAUAAUAGCCCUUUGUCUGUCGGUCUUGGUGAUGGGGG